AAAGAAGUUUCUAGUACUUUAGCACAACACAUGCACAUAGUACUAUAAGUAUAGAUACACCAAACCAACUCUCUUCAGAUUCAACUUCAUACUUUGCAUUCUCAAUUCCUAUUAAUCAAUCAUUUAUUUCAAUGGGUGCUACCACUACUGAUUCCGUUCCUCUUCUUACACCUUACAAUAUGGGAAAAUUCAAGCUCUCUCACAGAGUUGUUAUGGCACCACUGACUAGAACAAGAUCAUACAACAAUGUUCCACAGCCUCAUGCUAUUCUAUAUUACUCUCAAAGAGCAUCUCAAGGUGGUCUUCUCAUUGCAGAAGCUACUGGUGUUUCUGACACGGCUCAAGGCUUACCAGACACACCGGGUAUUUGGACAAAACAACAAGUCGAGGCAUGGAAACCUAUUGUAGAUGCUGUUCAUGCCAAAGGUGCUAUCUUCUUCUGUCAAAUUUGGCAUGUUGGAAGGGUUUCAAAUUCAAGUUAUCAGCCGAACGGACAAGCUCCGAUAUCUUCUACAGAUAAGGCAAUCACAAGUAAUGAUCAACAACAAUUCACGGCACCAAGACGACUAAGGACAGAUGAGAUUCCUAAUAUUGUCAAUGAUUUCAAACUUGCUGCAAGAAAUGCUAUUGAAGCUGGUUUUGAUGGGGUUGAAAUCCAUGGAGCUCAUGGCUAUCUACUCGAUCAAUUCAUGAAAGAUAAAGUGAAUGACAGAACCGAUGAAUAUGGUGGAUCACUUGAAAAUCGCUGUCGGUUUCCAUUAGAAGUUGUUGAAGCUGUUGUAAAUGAGAUAGGAGCAGAAAGAGUUGGAAUAAGAUUAUCACCAUUUGCUGAAUUUGCAGAAAGUGGAGACUCCAAUCCCAAUGCUUUGGGACUCUAUAUGGCUAAUGCUCUCAAUAAGUAUAACAUUCUGUACUGUCACAUGGUGGAACCAAGAAUAAUAGAUACCUUUGAUCCAGUUGAAACCCCUCACAGUUUGGAGCCAAUGAGAAAGGCUUUCAAUGGAACUUUCAUGGUUGCAGGAGGUUAUAACAGACAAGAUGGGAUAAAAGCUAUAGCUGAAAACAGGGCGGAUCUUGUUGUUUAUGGUCGUUGGUUCAUAUCUAAUCCAGAUUUGCCAAAGAGAUUUGCACUCAAUGCUCCUCUAAACAAGUAUAAUAGGGAGACAUUCUACUCCUCAGAGCCAGUUAUUGGUUAUACUGACUAUCCUUUUCUUGAAUGAUGAAACACAUGUUGGAGAAUCCAAAGGUGAACUUCUAUAUUAAAUAAGAUUUGUUUUCCUUUGGCACAUUGAUUUUUAUAUUGAAGUUGGCCACUUAAAUAAGAAACUUGUUGCUUAUAGUUGUAUUUUUUCUUAUAUUGAGUUUUCUGAUACUUCUCUGCUAGGACAGACAGUGUGUAAAACUAUUGUAUUCAAAUUAUGUUGAUACUCUGUGUUAAUAUGAGGAUUACUUUAGACAAUA